AUGUUUGAGGAUAAGCCUACUGGUUUUCAGUUGCCGGAUAUAUGGAAUGAUGAUGAUGCGAUGUAUUCUCUAAUGCAACCAAUACGGCGCUCAAAGCUUGUGGAUCCCAUUAAUUAUAACACAAAAAUCACGUUUUGGAAAAGGACGUUACUGUCGUAUGCCAAAAGUCAGAAAGCCUAUGUUGUGUGUAUUAAUUCACUGCAAAAACUGUUUACUCGGCAUUUUCCUGUCGAAGGUGUAGAUUUGUUUCCACAGUCUCUUGGUGAAGUAAUUACAGAGAUGGAAUCAGAAGGCCUAUUAGAGCCAGUCGUACCUCCUAGAAGUAUUAUAGGAAACAUUUUCACAGCUUUAUCAUAUGUCGUACACCAGCCAGCCCUGUGGGCAUAUCAAUACUUAAGUGGGCAGCAGUCCUCUAGUAAAACAGAAUCUGAUAUGUUGGAUCAGCAGUUUGUGUUAACUGAGCUCGCUGAAAGUUCUGCAGCGGAUUUCAUGUCUUGGUUCCAUGAAAAUUACUGUGAUCAGAGGUUGUUACCCCAUUCUCCUGUUUAUGAUCUAGACGUUUUCAAUUCAGCUCUAUCACGCUUUUACUCACAUACUGCCACUCGUGAAUAUAUAUGGAACUUGUUGAAGAACAUCAAACGCUGUGUUUCCGUUGAAAUAACUUCAACUGAAAACGCUAAGCCGAUUCAAAUUGUUCGCGUUGGUGAAAAUAUAAAUACUCGACCAGCUAAACCACCCAACUCCGAAACUGCAAAGAUGGAAUCAUCUGUAUUGAGUGGGAUUAUCCAACUUAAAACUACAAUUGGGCAACUCGAAAAUGAGGAGGAACGGUUGGAAACUACAAUUGAACAGAAUCGUGCUCAGAUCAAAUCUCUAUUAAUGAAUAAGAAGAAUUUAGAAGCAAAGUCUUUGUUAAGACGUACCAAAGUAUUAGAAAAGUCUUUAAAUCAAAAGCAAACGCAACUCAAUAAUCUUGAGAAAAUGUUGUUAGAUAUACAAUCUGCAGCGGAAAAUAGAAAUAUUGUACGCGUUCUGGGUAGUGUUAAUGAAGCACUUAAGCUAGCAGUUGGAGGAUCUGAUGCUCUAAAUAAAGCGGAAGAUAUUGUUAGUGAUGUAAUGGAAAGUAUUCAUGAAAGUCAGGAGAUUUCGGAUGCUCUUAGCUCUUAUAGACAUAAUUCUCUCAAUCUGGAAGACAUGAGUGAUUUGGAACAGGAGCUGAAUGAUUUUCUUAGUCCACCGAAGAAACCUUUGUCUCCAGAAAAAAGACAGCGCCCCAAUUAUGAUGAUUUAGAAGCUGAACUCGCUUCUCUCACAUUAUCGACAGAUAUAAUAUCAUCACUGCCAAAUCCGAAUUCACCUUCAACUAAAAAGAAUCCUGUUCUAUUGGAUGGUUAA